CUGGCGAAGAAGGCUCCGAUGGGGAGCGUUGUUCAAGAGGAAGAGGAAGAGGAGGAGGUGGGGGAGCCGUGUUCGGAAGAUAGAAGACGAGCGUGCGGUCCGGGAUCCGCGGCACACGGCGCCGAGGGGCCCGAGGAAGCGCUUGGGUGCUCGUCGAGAUGGCCGACGCAGCAGCGGCAGCAGCGGCGGGAACGGAGACACGCUGGCAGCACGUCACCAUGGAUGAGAAGCAGCAGGAGGAGCACCUGCUCAUCCGGCACAUGCGUCCCGACGAGAUCAAGCAGGCCAUGGACAUCUGGAAGGAGCAGGGGCUGGAGGAGAGCGAGAACAACGUGAGCACCUUCUACCAGGUGGACCCCGAGGGCUUCUUCGUCACCGUCGACACGAGGACAGGUCAGGUGGUGGCCACGUGCGCCUGCGUGCGCCAGCAUGAGUCGCUCUUCUUCGUGGGCAUGUACGCGGUGCGAAAGCACCUACAGGGGCGAGGCAUCGGCAUCCACAUCUGGCGCGCCAUGUCCAAGCGCCUGGGCGACUGCAACGCUGGCCUCAACGCCGUGCCCAAGCACCUCAGCACGUACCGGGACCGCGCGGGCUUCGGCCACCUCGACACGUGGAACACGCUCGUCUACAGCGGCACCACCGUCAACACCGACACGCUGGCGCGGCCCACCAAGGAGUUGCGCGCUGUGCCCGUGAGCGCCAGCCUUUUGCCCCAGGUGAUCGCCUACGACGCCCUGGUGCACUGCUACAACCGCGAGAAGGCGGUCACCUACACCGUGUACGACACGGACGGCUUCGCUCGCGCCGUGGUCCGGCGGCGGCCCGACGGCAGCGAGGUCGUGUGCGGCUUCGGCAAGAUCGGCACCAACAUCCUGGGCGGCGCCAUGAUGGGGCCCAUGUACGCCGAGGACCGCCAGGUGGCCGACGUGCUGCUGCGCGCGCUGGUGGACGGGAACCCGCUGACCCGCGUCAGCCUCACCAUGAUGGUGGUCGACUGCAACCCGGACGGCGUCGCCUUGGCCGAGGAGCUCGGCCUCGAGUCGGGCAUGCGCGUGCCCCGGUGCUACCGCAAGGCCAUCGUGCCGGCCCGCUUCGAGCAUAUAUUCGCGCAGCACGACCUCAACUUCUCGGCCUUCUAAGACGGAAGCCGCGCGUUCCGUAUGCACGUCGUUCGGCUAGGGCGGCGAGUUACGCAACGACGUUGAGUCCGGUGUAUACAACGUCUUCGGGGGCAGAUUGCCUCUCGGCGUCCUCGCCGCUCUGUCAGCGCGCGGGAGGUCUGAACAUGACUUGGGCACCGUAAAACAUGUAUGUCGCACCCUCGCGGAGCUGGCGGAGAAUGGGCAAAGCGAACACGCAUUCGAGGUAUUCGACAGGAAGCGAUCAAGAGCUAAUUCGUGUCGACCCCUGUUCUAAAAUUUCGGUGACUGCAUGAAAAGUCAGCGCAUAGCUCGAGUUUUGCGCAAAUGGCUGUCCACUGCAGUUUUGUGUUGGGCGAGUGCGGGCAUGAAGCAUGUGCAAAUAAAUCAUGCCGCUUCGCUUGAAGACAUAACUGCCCCAGCCACGUAAAUUAUGACAGGUAAUGGUAUUAGAUCACCGCGUUUCCCUUUGUCUCACCGACAUUUUUUUUUCUUAAAUUCCCGCUGCAGGAGUUGUCUGUUGCCUGCACAGAAUAGAGCGAUGCAUUGAGGUAGGGGAGUACGAAAGUUCUACAUUAUUAUAAUUCACAAGUGCGACAUUGCCGGGAGCUUUUAAUACAGUUGUAGCUGUGUCAAAUCAGAAUGUGGGCUUGCCGCCACCUGGUACGAGAACGCGAGCCAUUGCACGCCGUACCCAUUACGUGAAAGUGACUCCUUUUUCGGCAAUAACUGUCAGACAAGGCACAGAAAAGUUGGAAUUCACCAGUUCAUUGUUGAUUUCCUCCCGUAAUAGACAGCGCUAUGUUCGGGUGCUGCUUACAAGCAAGAAGAUGCCGUGCUAAGGGACCUGUGUAAGAUCUAGUCAGCCGUUCAUACGCGGUGUCGUCUAAUAGGCGCCAAAAUGAAAAGAAACAAAAGUAAUUCAUACUUACUAUGUCCUCCCCCUGCUUCCCCCCUAAAAAAGUUAGAUGUUAUUCGAGCAGGUUUAAUUGUGCAGGUUUAAUUCUGCCUUAUAUGUAAGCGUAAAUCUCUAGGAGGAUUCAACGCUUAGUGAUAACUGCAUGCCACUGUUGUUAGCUGACGACAUAUAACAACAUCUGCUGUAUAUAAGGCAGAAAGCCGGGCUAAUUUGCUUGAAUAAUAUGACAUACGUUUUAACAGCGUUAAAUAAUUGGACACACAGCAAGAUGAGGACAGAACUUCUUCAGUGCACUUCUAGCUAUGUGUCUGUGUUCAUAAUAUGUCAGAAGACGUUUGUGGCAUCUUGGAGCAGACUUAUGAAUUUCUAGAGUCAAGACAGUGAUCACGUGGCAUGGUGCCCGAGUGGCAAGUCUGUAGAAGCUCUAGAUAUAGAGCCGGAUCCUUCACUUUUCUUUUACCGACAUAUUCGCAUCUUUUUAACUCAACGCUGCUCGCUUGUACGUGCUGUCUUUGUCGCCUCAAAACAUGACUCGUAGCAGCGAGGGGGAUUGGC